AUGUCCCGUUGCCGACGUACCCAUCGCAUGGUCAUCAAAAAAGACGAUUUCGAUGUUGCGAAUAGAUCUGGAUCAGUAAUGAAAACAGAUUCUGAUGAAGGAUGUUAUUCUGGUGAAAGUGGUCUUACUAACGGCAAUAAUGAUGCUGAUGAGGAAGUAUCGAGUUUUUUUGCAAAUCAAAUUCUAGGAAGUAUUUCUAGAUUGCUUAGUGCUAACAAUCAAGCAGAUGGGAAACUUACCGCCUCGACUGCAAUAGAUAACAAUUCUGAAAGUGAUGAAAUGCCAAACGUUUUCGAGAAUAUAUUCAGUGAGCAUGUUGAGAGCCCAUUUAACGAAACAGGAGCAAAUGAUUUGGAUGGACCAAAAGCAAAGAAAGCACGCAAUGAUUUGGCUAAUGCAAGAGAAGACUGGCCGACGAAAGAAUCUGGGAGUAGUAUGACAAUCCCGAUGCCAAUGUGUAUUCGUUUAGUGGAAUUGUACAGAAGAUGUCGAGCAUUUCUACGAACAUUCAGUCAGAAAAAAGAAGAUCGUAAAGCACGUCAUCAAAUGUGGGAUGCCAUUGAUGCCCGCCUUUUCGAAGAAUUCGGAAUUCAUUCUGGCGUAAACAGAUUAAAAAAAAAAAUACAGAAUAUACAGGCUGGAGCGCGAGGGAAAAUUGAAGCUCUGCGACGAGAAACAAGUAAUGGUAUAAUACCACAAGAUACGAAUAUUAGAUUCACGCCAGCAGAAAUGGAAAUGGUUCGAAUGCUCUAUCAAAAUGGCGACAAAGUCCUAAACACGGUGAAUGAAAAUAAUGAGCCUUUUUAUAUACAAUUGGAAGCGUUGAUGCGACGUGAAAGUAAUGAAAAGAAAAUCCAGUUACACGAAAAUGGACACAUAGAAAGGUCACCGCCUUCAUCAAAUACAAAAUCAAUGAUUUAUCCACAAAUAUUAAUCAACCAAGCUGCUCAGAAUGGUAAUAAGAAGGUGCCGCAUGUUACCAAAGAAGCAUCUGCAUUGUUCAACAGUGUGAGUUGCAUAGCAGAGCCAAAAAAUUCUCCGAUUGUAAGUUUGUUUUCCAAACCAUUUGAUGUUCUUUCUACGGCUGCACACUUCCCUAAAACAGAUCCAGUUCCAAGCAGUGGAGGACACGAAUUAGCGAUUAUGACUGAAUUGAUUGCCAGGCAAAUGAAUGUUUUAAAGCGACAGGAGGAGCUUCAGCGUCGUGCCGAACUUCUUUUCGAGCAACAGCUAGCACGUGAAUCGAAAAUCGUAGAUAGUAUUGCAUCACUUACUAAAGCUGCGUCGCAUCUUGAACAAAUUGGAGAGUUUCUGCUUAAUACUUGUCGUUAUGGUAGUGUUAAUGGUGGCACAUUUAGCCCAAAUAAUUCAUAA